AUGUCUAAAAAGUAUGAAAUAGAUGGACAUGAUAUUAAUAAGUUUUAAUAAUAUUACAUUUAAGAAAACGGAAAAGGGUUUUCUUUGGAAGACCCUCCAACCAAAAUCUACUAUUUCAACAAAUACGGAGGAUGGAGAGAUGAAAUAGAUGGCAAAGUAUUUUAUUAUGAUUAAGAUUGCAAUCCCUGGAUUGAAAAUAUCCCUUCAGAUAUAGAAGAACUUUAGCAUUCUUAAGACUAAGAUGCCUAAGAAGGAGCAAGCUAAUCAGAUAGAUAUGAUUAAGAAAUUUAAUAAGACUUAAAAGAUUAUAGUGCAUCAAGUGAUGAUGAAGAACAUUGCCAAGAUGAUGAAGAAGAGGAGCAUGCUUUAGAAGAAAUGACCUCUUCUAGUGAAUAAGAAUAUGACUAUUAAGAAAACAUGAAACAGGAAUAAUAAAUUCAAGACGAUUAAAAUCAAAAAAAUACUUAAAUUUAAAAACAACAACAAUAAAAUUUAUAAAGCGAUCAUUAAGAAAGAUCAGAAGAGUAAGAUGAUUAUGAAGAAGAAGAAAAGAGCUAAUCUAAUCAUCAAACAGAUGAAACAAAUGACAGUGAACGUUUUAGAAAGGAAUAUAUAAAUGAGUUAAUUGAUAUAAUCUAGCAAAACAAACUUGAGACUACCUGCAUUCACAUAGAAAAAAUACCUGCAGAUUUAAAUGAAUCAGAUUUGCUUUUAAGUUUCGGGGUUUCUUAGAAAGAUUAAUCUAACGUUCUUAGUAUAUUUUAUGGACCCAUUGAAAAGGAAAUUUUAGAUGAAGAUGAAGAAGAAGAAUAAAAAAAUGAUUAAGAAGAAGAAUUCGAGGUUAAAAAUGCUGUUUUAGUUGUUUCUAGCAAGGAUUUUGCUAAAUAAUUAGUUUAAAAUGAAGGAAAGCCUAUUGUAAACUAUUAAGAUAGAGACUUAUAUUUAGAUAUUUUAACUGAAAGUAAAGAUUAUUACCCUAUGCCUGCAAUUAGUGAUUAAAUGUAUAUUAGGCUUUUGGAAAAUAUUAAAAAUGCUUUACUUUCUGGAAGUAAGUUCAGCAAAUUAUAAAUAGAAUUAACAGAUUCAAGUUAAGAAAAUCUAUUUAAGAGCUUAAAAUAGUAAUAUAAUUAUCUAAAUAUUGAUAAAUUAAGUAACUAAAUUUUAGAACUUGAUUUAGAUAUUAAAUUUUCUUGGAAAGAUACUUUAAUAAGUCUUUGGAAUUAUUUAUACAACACUGAUAAAAUUAAUAUUAUAAAAGAUGUUAAGCUAAUUUGA